UUUUCUCAGUCUAUCUUUACUAUCAGAAUAAAGAUUUUAAACAAAAAACAGUCUUAACUAUGGCUUCCACUGCACUGUUUUCAUUAACAGUUGCUACUAUUUCUUCCUCAACUCUCUCUACUAAUAAUCAAUGUUCCUUUAACUCUUACAACCCUUCAAUUUCUCUUAACAAGAAGAGAGAAUUAUCACUUCCAUCUGUAGCUUCAAUCCCAUAUCAACCCAUCAAUGUAGACUACUUGGAGCAAGAAUUCAGUGGACAUGGAGUCACUUUUGAAGAUAUUGGUGACAAUUGCUGCAUUGCCAAGCUGAAAACAGAGAAUGGAAGCUCAGCCACCUUGAUGCUGCCAAGUGGAUUAAUCACGUCAUAUAAGGCGCACAUGUGGCACGGCGGAACGGCCGAGGUGCUGCAUACUUCUGUCCUGGAAGGGGAAGAUGGUAAUCCAAUGGUACAAGGAGGUGUAUCCUUUGCUUUCAAUUUUGAAAGUGAUGAUGAGGUUACUUGGUCUCCAAGUAAUUGGACUCUCCGUACUAUCCAAGGAAACUCUGAUGAGUAUAUUCAGGUUGAGCUGAUUAGUACAGAUGAUGAUGAUAAUGUAGAAGUAAAACAUAUUUUGAGUCUCACAGAAGACACCUUGAUCUCAGAGAUUGUAGUCUCGAACGCAAAAUCUUCGUCGAUUCGGUUAAUGGGUUCGCUUAUAAGCCAUCUGACAGUAAGUACACCAGAAGCUACUUAUGCAUAUGGAUUGGAAGGAUCAGAUUUCUUUAACAGACCUUUGUUCGCAUCAAAUUUCAGCAUAGUUCCUCCUGAUCUUGGCAAAGAAACGCCGUAUGGUCCUGGAAAAGUAUGGAAUGAUUUGAAGCUCAACGGGUUUUUUCCUGACAGGGGUGAAAAAGAUCAGAAAGACUCUGAUGAAGAAGAAAUAGAAGGUGAAGAGGAUGAAAACUAUAAGCAGUUAACUGAUGCAAUGAGCAGAAUUUACACCAGUGCACCGAGCCAAUUCACGAUCAUUGACAGGGGCAGAAGAAACUCAGUUGUGGUAGGAAGAGUUGGAUUUGAUGAACUAUACAUGUCUAGUCCAGGAUCAAGCCAUGAAAUGUAUGGUAUGUAUUCAUAUAUAUGUGUAGGACAAUCAGCAAUGCUCAAACCAGUAAUUUUGAGUCCUGGAGAUGUAUGGAAAGGCGGUCAGCAAUUGCAUAACCCCAAUCUCUGAUAGAUGAUGUACCCAGACACUUAAAAUAAUAUUAUGUUGGUAUAAGGAUAA